GGCUAGAUUAAGUAGAAAAUCUAUAUUACUAAGUCGUCUUCAGAAUAGAAGACGUAUGAUUGUUCUUCGUGCAAACUCUUUAUAUAGAGAUAGUGAGCAGUCACAAAAUACUGUAAGUCACGCUAAUCGUAGAUUAUAUUCCGAUGUACGUCUGUCCGAACAAAUUAUCAAUACAAAUCAACAUAGAACCAGGCGGGAAAAUCUCGAGGUACGGUAUUUUGAACAAAAUUCAAAUACUGUUCAACAUAGAACAAGGCGGCAAGAUCCACAAAUUCGCUCUGAAGAACAAAUAAGAAACAGUCGAGGUCAUAGGUCUCGGCGUGAAGACCCCGAGGUUCGAUCUGUUGAGCAAGUUGCAAAUACGGUUCACCAUAGAACAAGGCGACAAGAUCCCCAAAUUCGCUUUGAAGAGCAAAUAAGAGAUACUCGAGGUCAUAGGUCUCGUCGAGAAAAUCCUGAGGUACGUUAUGAUGAACAAAGUAGGAACACAAGGGAUCAUAGAGAACUUCGCGCAAGAAAUCCUGAGUAUAGGAAUUUAGAGCGCAUUCGUGAUCAAAUGCAAAGGGAACAUGCAAGAAGAAAUCCUGAAAUAAAGAGAGAGGAGCGUGAUAUAGGAACACAACGUCGACAGCUUAGUAGGAGGGGUUAAAGGAAAGAAAUUUUGAAUCAGAGACGUCUUAGACAAGGUCAAGUUCGCCUUCGUAGAGAUAACCCACUCAAUAGACAAAUUGAAAACCAAAGGAAGUCCCAACGAAUCCGAUUAACGAGAGAAAAUAAUGUUAUAGAAACUGAUAAUAGUGGCAAUUUAACAGAUUUCAAAAAUAUUUAUUUCCAAAAUAUAAAUAUGGGCCCUACUGAAAUAUGUAUUUACUGCGGCGGCUUAUGGUUUUCACACCAAGUUCGCAAAUUAAAUUUCGAAACUAUUGCGCAAGGUCACCCGAAUGCUGCAUCCGCCUUCUUUUUAAUGCAAAAAUUUCCUUCAGAUGAUGGAAAUUACAAUUUUUGUGCUACUUGCAAAAAUGCUAUU